AGGUUUGUUUGUAGGUAGUUUUUUUUUUAUAUGGUAUAUUACUGGUGAGAAAAUAUUUAAAAAAAAAAAGAAGAUUGUUAAAGAGAACAUUUUAUUGAUCUUAAGAAAUUUAUGUUAUGAAAUAUAUACAGUAUUAUGUGAAACUUCAAAAACUACAAAACAUGUUUAUGACAUGUUAAGAAAUGAAUCUAAUACUACCAUAGAAUUAAGUAGACUAGAAGAAGUAUUAUUAAAUAAUGGUUAUAAAAAAAAAAUUGAAGAUGUAGAAAAGAAUGUAUUAAAAAGAUUUAAUAUAAGUGUAGAAGAUUUUUAUGAUGAAUUAAAAAAUUAUGAAAAAGAUAUAGAUGUACAAAAAUAUUUAAAUUCUAUAAAAAAAAUGUAUAAUGAAGCCCUUCUAGGGUUACAACCAAAAUUACCUUCAAUUGAUGAUAAUAUUUCUCAAGAUGUUAUUAUUAAUUUAACUAGUCUUAUUUAUAAAGAAAAAAGAAAAAUAUAUAAAACCAAAAUAGAUUCUAUGAUAAAAAAUAAUGAAAUUAUUGAUAUCCAAAAUACAUUGUCUAAUACUCAAUUUUUUGAAAAUCUUCAUAAAUCUACACAACAUGUAGAAGAAAAAAUUAUUAAAGAAAAUAAUAACCUAGUACCAAAUCUUUUUACCUUUAAAUAUUUAGUUAGCUAUUAUUCAAAUGAUCCUAAUUUUUUACAAAAAAAAAAAUAUCUAGAAUCAAAACAUGGAGAAAAAAUUAUUAAAAUAUUAAAAAUCAAAACAAAUAAAAAGAAGAAAAAAAGAACAUCUAAAGAAGAUCGUCAAAGUAGUCAUAGCAGUGUUAGCUUUAAAAGCACACCAAGUCAUGAUGUUUACAGUGCUGACCAUCUUGCUCCAAUUGAAAAAGAGGAAGAUCAGUACUCUCAACAAUCUAUGGAAAUGGACCACAUGGACAAAGAUAGCCAUGUUGAUUCUAUUUCAUUUAAUGUAGAUGCAGAUCUAGAAAAAGUGGAUGAGCAAAUUGAAUACCAUAGUGAAAGUGGUGUCAUGCAACCAGAAAAGGAAUAUUAUGAAGGCGAGCAUAUUACUAUUAGAUAUGAAGAAGAGGAUAUCAGUGAAAUUUAUGAAGAGGAGCAUAUAAGUGAUAGAUAUGAAGAGGAACAUAUAAGUGAUAGACAUGUAGAGGGAGAUGUAAGUGCUAGAUAUGAAGAGGAACCUGUAAGUGUUAUAUAUGAAGAGGAACAUAUAAGUGAUAGAUAUGAAGAGGAACACGUAAGCGAUAGAUAUGAAGAGGAACAUAUAAGUGAUAGAUAUGAAGAAGAACACGUAAGUGAUAGAUAUGAAGAAGAACAUGUAAGUGAUAGAUAUGAAGAGGAACAUAUAAGUGAUAGAUUUGAAGAACCUGUAAGUGAUGGACAUGUAGAGGAACCUGUAAGUGAAGGACAUGUAGAUGAACAUGUAAGUGAUAGAUAUGAAGAAGAACAUGCAAGUGAUAGACAUGUAGAGGAACAUGUAAGUGAUAGAUAUGAAGAAGAACAUAUAAGUGAUAGACAUGUAGAGGAACAUGUAAGUGAAGGACAUGUAGAUGAACAUGUAAGUGAUAGAUAUGAAGAGGAACAUAUAAGUGAUAGAUUUGAAGAACCUGUAAGUGAUGAACAUGUAGAGGAACACAUAAGCGAUAGAUAUGAAGAACCUGUAAGUGAUGGACAUGUAGAGGGACCUGUAAGUGAUGGACAUGUAGAUGAACCUGUAAGUGAUAGAUAUGAAGAAGAACAUAUAAGUGAAGGACAUGUAGAUGAACAUAUAAGUGAAGGACAUGUCGAUGAACAUAUAAGUGAAGGACAUGUAGAUGAACAUAUAAGUGAAGGACUUGUAGAUGAACAUAUAAGUG